AUGCUCGCUGCCCUCACUCAGGUUCUUGGCGCUCUCUGGGCUUUCAUUCUCGGCAUGGUCGCCUGUCUUACCGGAAGAUGCGCUCACUCGCCCUUUAAGGCAGAGCUUCCUGUCGUCGCACAGUAUGGAGGGAGAGUCAACCAAAUAAACCCCGGGGCGGCUGGAGGCAUUACAGCAUCUACACACACCUAUGGAGCUACAUCGGUCGAGGCCCGGAUGAAUAACGGACUGCGGGCUUUUUUCGAUGAUUCUGGCGAAGGGCUCGAUGUCAAGGAACUUGGAACGCGAAACGAUGAUAUCGAAGCUAUGAAGAGCGAAUGGAGCAAGUUGCUGAAGCAAGGAUCUGGGCCGAAUUCUUCUGAUGAGGAUGGUGCGAGUUUCACCCCGCUAAUCUUGAGAGCUAUGUUGAUGAUGAUCUAUCCAGAUGACCUCUACUUCUUCUCGUCAUUGACAACGAAGAAACCGUCCCCAGAGCCAGGUCAAUUCCACGAUGCAGCCCUUUCCUUAUGCCAGGUCGAACCCGCCUUGGAAGACAUCGUCCUCGUGGAUAUCUCUUGCCCUUCCUCGCCUUCCACUACUGAGUCGGCAGCCACCGAUUCUCCGUUGCCUACCUCGUCGUCAUACGAGGCCUUCGAGAAGUUCCAAGUGUUCCGAUUCCCGGUUGGACCGGCGUCGCCAGACUGUGCAUCACCAAUGUUCUCCCCAGGCCCCUGGUACGAGGAAUUCGAACAAACGGGGGCGGCCUCCAGGAGUGGGUUCUUUCCAACUACGCCGAUGACGAUCAGCAUUGGCAAGCGCGGGAUUGUUCUCCAUGAUUACGGAGACUUCGAUAAGAACACGCUGUCAACCCCUGCUCCAUUUCGCAGGGGAUACCAAUGGUCGAGGGAUGUUGUUUGA